AAACGGGUAUAAAAAAUUUAAAGUUUUGGUUUAGGUUCAAACUUGCAGCUGACUUGCGUGAUCAUGUGAGGACACUUGUUUAAAGUUAUCUUCAACGCUAAUAAAUUUUACAUUUAGUUUGCAUCGCUUUCACUUGGUUUUAGACUUCAAACAUCAAGAUGGCAUCAAACAACCCCACCAAGAGACAACGUUUGGAAAACCAUGUUCAACCAAAUGAUGAAUCUUUCACUCCUCGAGCAUAUCAGGUGGAGAUUUUGGAAGCUGCCCUAAAAGACAAUGUCAUUGCUUGCUUAGGAACAGGAACUGGCAAGACAUUCAUAGCAGUUCUUCUAAUUCGUGAAAACUUGGCGGAAGUUUGUGUGCCCUAUGAAGAAGGUGGCAAAAGGAUUUUUUUCCUGGUACCUACUGUUCCUUUGGUGAGGCAACAAAGGAAUACUAUUGCCAUGCACACGAAUCUGCGAGUGAAAGAUUACUAUGGGGACAUGAAUGUUGACUCGUGGAACAAAGAUCGGUGGAUCUCUGAAUUCACGAGCUGUGAAGUCCUGGUUAUGACUGCUGAAAUAUUUAGAAUAAUUACUGAUCACGCCUUCAUUCCAUUGGAGAGAAUAAAACUGUUGAUUAUAGAUGAGUGCCACAGAGCUCAGGGCGACCAUCCCUAUCGCCAAGCUCUGAAAUGCUUCGCUUCCCAGGACAGGUCCCAGAUGCCCCGUAUUUUCGGCCUCAGUGCUUCGCUGUUGAACGGGAAGUGCAAGCCUCACCACUUGGAGAAAAAUCUGAAGGAGUUGGAGAAAACUCUUCAAAGUACCAUCAUCACUUCUAGCGACAUAACGGAGAUUCAGAAAUAUGGAACCGAUCCAGACGAGUAUGUCGUUUACUACAAGGAGUAUGCUCAUCAAGAAAAAGAGCUGAAUCAGAGAAUCAUAGAAUUGCUAAACAGGAUGAAAAGCGAGAAAGAUGCAGUAAGAGCCGAUUCGGCUCUUUCCUGCACCAGAGGCGAGGCGAUAUAUGAGUCGGAGGAAAGCGUGGUGUUCUUUGAAAAACCGACUCGGUGCCUGAAUGCUCUAUUGGCCACUUUGCAAACACUAGGUCCAUGGUGUGCCUCAAAGGCAGCAGGAAUUUUUAGUAGGGAGUUAGGUGGCAUCUUGUUGAAAACUAGGAUACUCAUGGUGGACGAGAAGUAUCGCAAAAUCCUUGAGGAAGUUAAUGAAUUCCUUGUUGAUUUUAUCAACCGAUGUGCAAGCGUAGGUUUCGAGUUCAAGCGAAAUAAUGUAGAUGCGUGGCCUAGUCAGUUGAAAAGACUGCUCGACAUAUUGAUAGCUGCGAAAAACUGCAGUCGAUUCGAGCCGGAGGCUUUGCCGGUAAGGAACAUCAGUUUCGAAGAUGAUCCCGAAGAAUUCCAUAAAAUGCAGAAGCAGAAGGUUCAAACUGAAGUCAAGAGCAUCUGCUCAAUUGUGUUUGUAAAGCAAAGGAUUACAGCUUUUGUUCUUUGCCAGUGGUUGUUAGAAAUCAAAAAAGAGUUUCCAGAACUUCAUUUUAUGAGUCCAGAAUUUAUUGUUGGCCAUGGAACCACUGGUAUUCAGCUUUCCAAUAUGUCAGACAAAAGACAAAUGACUGUCCUUAAGGAUUUUAGGGAGAAGAACUGCAAUAUUUUAUUUGCGACCAGCGUCCUUGAAGAAGGGAUGGACAUCAGACAGUGCAAUCUAGUCAUUCGUUUUGACCUGCCUCAGGAUUUCCGUGCUUAUGUCCAAUCUAAGGGACGUGCUCGGGCUCAAAAUUCAGUUUAUGUGCUGAUGGCAAAUAAUGCAGACUACCAGAAGUUUUUGUGUGAUUUGUGCAACUUCAAAACCAUUGAACAAAUGCUCCUGUCAAAAUGCACUGAUCGAGAGAUGCCGACCGAAGAAGAAAUUGCCACACAUAUGGCUGAUGAUAAAAUACCGCCUUAUAUGCCGUAUGGAUCUAAAGGUGCCAGGAUAACAAUGAUGUCUGCCAUCUCUGUGAUCAAUAGGUACUGUUCAAAGUUACCAUCUGACAUGGCAACAAAGCUUGUUCCUAUUUGGAAAAUAGAUACAGUAGAUGUGGAUGUUGUUAAAAAGCAGUAUAUUUGUACGUUGCGUAUGCCCAUCAAUUCUGCUCUGAGAACGCCUGUUGUGGGCGAACAAAUGCCACAAAAGAGGCUUGCAAAGAUGGCGGCUGCUUUGAAAGCCUGCCAGAUUUUGCAUAAAUUAGGUGAACUGAAUGAGAAUCUUGUACCAAUCAGCUGCUUGGUGGACAAUGCCGCCAAUGAGGAAAUAGGUCCCAUCGAUGAAGAAAGUGCGGAUGGAGCUCAGCCCGGCACAAACAGGAGGCGACAAAUUUACGACAAAAAGGUUCCAGUAUUCCUAAAGAAUUCAAGACCAACUCCUGGCGCUAAAUGCUAUUUGCAUUUCCUGGAUAUGAAACUUGUGACUCCACUUCCUAAGCGUUUAAACCCUCGUGGGAGAGCCAUUAUAGAUCCGGCUAGCACAACUAGAGGGCUAGCUCUUCUCUCCUCAAAAAAAUUGCCAUCUAUCAAUCCUUUUCCAGUGUUCAAUAAAUCUGGCAGAAUCUUAGUCAGCAUAUCAUUUUGCAAAAGUCUUGUUUUGUCUCAUGAAGAGCUAUCAAAAUUGGAGGAGUUUCACCAUUUUAUUUUUUCUGAUGCUUUAUGGAUAGAGAGGAACAAAACUUUUGCACCUGUAUAUGCUGAUGCUUCUUACUAUGUUGUUCCAGUCAAUCAAGAUUUGAAUGCUGAAAUUGAAGUUGAUUGGAAUUUCAUACACCAAACUAAAGAUCAUCCAUACAAUAGAAUUAAACUGAUGACAUCAAGAACUGACAACAGAACCAUGUUUGAUGAAAAUCUGUUCACUGACGCUGUUUUAUUGCGUUCGUACCAGCUGAAUGAUUGGAAAACGGAACCUCCAACAUUUCACCAUGUGGCAAAAAUUCACUAUGAUAAAACCCCAUUAAGUGAGUUUGAAACUGAAAAAUAUCCAAACUACAAACAAUAUUUUAAAGAAAAGUAUUCCAUAGAUAUACAAAUUGACAAACAGCCAUUGGUUGAAACGGUGGAGAAUCGAAUUCUACAUCUGUGGAAGCCUCUUUAUAUUUCUGUCAAACAGUCUUAUGACGAAGAAGGCGUUUCAAGUAAGACAAAAUUGAGGCGUCAGAAUUAUCGUGAAUACUUAGUUCCAGAACUGUGUAUUAUUCAUCCCUUCCCAUCAUCUUUUAUGUUCAAAGUUUUAUGUUUGCCGACAAUUUUAUUUAGACUGACUUCUCUGUCAUUAGCAGAAGAAAUAAGACAGACAGUUGCAGCGCAAGGUUUCAUUGGCAAAGUUGAUGAAAGCUUUACUUGGCCAGAAUUUCAGCUGGAAUCUAGCGAUAAAGAGCUGAGAAAACAUCUAAUUAGUCUUGGGGAGAUAAAGAAUUCAUUUUCAACUAAUGAAGUUCCACAAGAUAUUGUUAAGCGUGAUGGUAAAGUUAUUAGCUUCGUACGUGAUGUGCCGAUCGAAACUCAUCCAGGGCCUAACCCUAGCCUGAUUUUGAAAGCCUUAACUACUAAAAGUGCUGGUGAUGAAUUUGAUUUGGAAAGGUUGGAAAUGAUUGGGGAUUCCUUCCUGAAGUAUGUCAUGUCCAUCAAAACAUACAUUCAGUUUCCAACCUUUGAUGAAGGAAAACUGACAAAGCUGAGGAGUCAAUUAAUUCAAAAUCUCCGUCUUUAUCAGUGUGCUAAGAAAAGGAAUCUUGGCCAGUAUAUGAUUUGCAAUGUUUUCAGUUGCAAUAGCACUUGGCUGCCUCCGUGUUAUGUAGUAGAGGAAUCCGUUGACCCAAAAGCUGUAGUAAAAUUGAAGAAGAAAGAAGAUGAUGCAGAAGGCAUCAAGUAUUCUUAUUUCACAAAGAGUAUCAUAUCGGAUAAAUGUCUUGCCGAUUCUGUCGAAGCUUUGAUCGGAGCAUACUUGCUUUCUUGUGGUCAAAAAGGUGCUUUGAUGUUCAUGUCUUGGAUGGGCCUCAAUCCUUUGCCCAAUAUCAAAGACCACGAAGCAAGCAAAGAGGAUUUCCAAAACUGGCCUAAUUGGCCACCACCCCCAAAUCCCAUCCUAUCGGAACUGCCACCGAAUCAUGUUCAAGCUGUGAUUGAACGUCUAACUUUGGGAUUUGAUGAAUUUGAAAAGAUUAUCAAGUACAAAUUCAAAAACAAAGCAUACCUGUUACAAGCUUUCACUCAUCCUUCGUACUCUUUCAAUGAAAUAACAGAUUGUUAUCAGAGGUUGGAAUUUUUAGGUGAUGCAGUUUUGGACUUCAUGAUAACGCGUCAGCUCUACGAAGACCCCAACGACCAUUCCCCAGGAAAAUUGACUGAUCUGCGUUCUGCAUUGGUGAAUAACAAUUUUUUUGCUUCUUUGGCAGUGAAAUACAACUACCACAAGUUCCUGAAAAUUUUGUCACCACAUUUGUUCAAGUUGUUGGGAAAUUUUGUGGAACUCCUGUGCAGCUCUGUAGCUUUUCAAGAAUUUCAAGUUUAUGGCUAUUAUCUUGAAGAAACGGAAUGUUUUGCUCUUGAAGAAGUUGAAGUGCCUAAAGCUUUGGGUGAUAUCUUUGAAUCUGUUGCUGGUGCUAUUUAUUUGGACAGUGGGAUGUCUAUAGAUGCUGUGUGGGAUAUAUAUUAUCCUAUGAUUGCUCCAGCAUUAAAGCACUUAAGUGAGCAUGUUCCCAUAAAUCCAGUCAGAGCUUUGUAUGAACUUGUGGGGUCACAAGAUGUAUUUGGGAAACCUGUCACAAAGGAAGGUAAAGAUAAGACUUACAUUGAAGUUAAUGUUCUGGAUCAAACAUUUGUUGGCGUUGGACCAAAUAAAAAGGUUGCCAAAAGAUCUGCAGCUAAAAGAGCUAUUGCAUAUGCAAAAGAACAGACUGCUAUGAUGGUAGAUGAAAUGCUGGCAUGAAAUGUGUAUUUUGCAAUACUUGAUAUGUAAAAAUUAAAUUAUAUUUUACUGUUA